AAAUAAACAUGCCUCUAAAAAAAAAAAAACAAAAAAAACUGGGAACCUAGUAUUGUUUUCCCAUCUCCCUGUAAUCCUCAUGUUUUGGUAUUUUACACUGAAAUUGUACUUAUUGAACUAGUUUUCCAUUUAAAAAAUAAAUUGACCUUAACAUAAUGGUUGACUUAAAUGUUAUGUCGGCAUUAUAUAAUGACAAAAUAUUCUUACCUUGGGUAAAGGUAUAUAUAAUUUAGGUGGUUUUUUUUAAAAUCUGAAAGUAACUCAUGAAUCCCUUUUCUUACCUCCCCUAAAACUUGAGUAUUUCAUGUCACCCCUUGAAUAAGAUAUCCUUUUCAGGCUUAUCGUUCUGAUUGCUUAAUACUUUCUCUAAAGCUUUUUUUUGCCUCUUCUCUGUCCCUGUUUGUUUAUUUACUUAUUAGGUUGUAUAAUUAAAAUGGAACUAUUUUAUCCUAGAAAGCCAACUCUGAUAUUUUGGAAAGAUUCUGUGCCCCUAGAACACAUCCUAUUUGAAAAUCAAAUCUGGUUAUUGUGUAGAUCAUUAAAGAGGCUAUGGCAGGAAUUUAACUUUUGUGGUGGUGGAGAAUUGAGAGGUAGUAUAUAUCACGUUAUAGAAAAAAAUGUCUAAGUGAUUUUGAAAGUAAUCAUUGCUUUUAUUCUACUGAAGACUGUCAGUUUCAGGAGAAACUUGCAAAUAGAUGUACCAUUUCUUACUCAGGAUGUGUUUCAGAAAGUUAUAUAUGAUUAUUGUCUUUUUUUAAUGUGUUUUUUUUUUUAAGAUUUAUUUAUUUAUGCAUGCAAGAGCUGGGGUACAGGCCAGAGACGCGGGGGGUGAGAGGAUUCACCAGAGACAGAGUGGGGAACAGAACAGGCAGACUGACCGAAACAUACUGCUGAGGGGAGCAGCAGGCGAGACAGGAGAGGUCUGCUUUGCCAUGUGGGUUGCUCCCUGGCUGCCCGGGGAUUGAACUCGUGCUGCAGAGGCUGCGUUUUGCUUCAUAGUACGGUGCAUAACCCCUUGCACCACCAGGGAGGCCCAUGAUUAUUGUCUUAAAUGAAAUUGCAUUUAAUUAUACUAACAUAACUUACAGAGUCCUAUUCUGAAUAGUUUUGCAAAUCAGGAUAUACAUCAUCCUAGUUUUGUAUUAUUUGUGAUUUUCACAUAUGUAUUUGAGUGCUUAAAGCAAGAAAUAGAUUUAAAGAUAUCAGGUCAGGUUCUUGGCCUUUUUCAGUUUCAUGGCCUUUUGGAAGUAUUUUUUGUGGCUUUUUGGUGGCUUUAUAGUUAUUUAUGCUUUGUUAGGGCCAGUCUUUUUUUUUUAAUCAAAUUUUAAGGAUUGACCAUUCAUUUACAAAACUAUUACUUGGGGAGUAUAGCUUCAUAUACUUCAUCAUGUGCACAUGCUUAACCCUGGCUCCACCAAAGCUCCAGUGCCAAUACACUUACCACAUUAGUUCCUCUACCCCGCUUCUGCCCCCAUAGCCUCCACAUUUUUCAGAGUUGUUAGGGUCAAUCUUUAAAAACAGCUUCACAUGUUUAAAACUUUUUGAAUCACAUAAGCAUUGACUUCACAAAUGUUCUGGUUUUUCUUUUUGUUUUGUUUUGUUUUUGUGGGACCCUCGCCGGCGUCCAGGGAACAAACCAGUGCUGCAGAGGCUGCGGGCAGCCUCGCAGCCCAGCGCUCAACCGCUGCGCCACCAGGGGAGGCCCACAAGUGUUCUAUGUUCUUACCCUCCUCAUGCUAGAAGUUUAAAUUGCAUUAUGAUCCUGGACUUGUUGUGGUGAUGGUAAACUUAGCAGUGGGAGAACAGAUCCUAUUCCCAUUGUUGUCAAGUAUGAUGUCAUGGGCAUGGGCCGCAUGGAAAUGGAGCUUGAUUAUGCCGAAGAUGCUACCGAACGGCGCCGUGUCUUAGAAGUGGAAAAAGAAGACACAGAAGAAUUGAGACAGAAAUACAAGGAUUAUGUUGACAAAGAGAAGGCAAUUGCCAAAGCAUUAGAAGACCUCAGAGCCAACUUUUACUGUGAACUCUGUGAUAAGCAGUAUCAGAAACAUCAGGAAUUUGACAACCAUAUCAACUCUUAUGAUCAUGCACACAAGCAGAGAUUGAAAGAUCUCAAGCAGAGAGAGUUUGCUCGAAAUGUCUCUUCAAGAUCCCGCAAGGAUGAGAAGAAACAGGAAAAGGCCCUCAGACGACUCCAUGAGUUGGCAGAGCAAAGAAAACAAGCUGAAUGUGCACCUGGAAGUGGUCCUAUGUUCAGACCAACCACAGUGGCUGUAGAUGAAGAAGGUGGAGAUGAUGAUAAAGAUGAAUCAGCGACAAACAGUGCCACAAGUGCCACUGCUGCUUGCGGCCUGGGAUCUGAAUUCUCCACAGAUAAAGGAGGCCCUUUCACUGCAGUACAAAUCCCUAAUACCACUGGACUGACACAGGCUCCUGGGUUAGCCUCCCAAGGCAUCAGUUUUGGCAUUAAGAAUAAUCUGGGGACCCCAUUACAAAAGUUAGGAGUGUCAUUUUCUUUUGCCAAGAAGGCUCCUGUUAAACUUGAAUCAAUAGCAUCAGUUUUUAAGGACCAUGCAGAGGAAGGGACCUCUGAAGAUGGAACAAAAACUGAUGAGAAGGGUUCUGAUCAAGGGCUACAGAAGGUGGGAGACACUGAUGGUAGCAGUAAUGUUGAUGGUAAAAAAGAGGAUGAAGAUCCUCAGGAUGGAGGGUCCCUUGCCUCAACAUUAUCUAAGUUAAAAAGAAUGAAGCGAGAAGAAGGAGCUGGGGCUACAGAGCCAGAGUAUUAUCACUACAUCCCCCCAGCACACUGCAAGGUAAAGCCUAAUUUUCCCUUCUUACUCUUUAUGAGAGCUAGUGAACAAAUGGAAGGUGACAAUAGUACACAUCCAAAGAACACCCUAGAGAGCAAAAAAAGCAGUUCACCCAAGCCUAAAGGCUGCAUCAAGGUGACAGCAAGCCAAGGGGCAGAAAAGACAGUUAGUGAAGUCUCUGAACAGCAGCUGGAAAUCAGUGUGGCUGAACCCUCAGAGCCUGCAAGCAAAACUGAGACAAAGAAGGCCUCAGGAGGGGAUAUGAGUGAGCAGAGUUUAGACAGUCAGGGUCAGAAGGCUUCAGAGAUCCAAGUAUGUGAGUCUAACCCUUCUAAAGAAACUUCUCAGGCCACCUCAGCAGGGAAAGAAAGCCAAGAGGGACCCAAACAUCCUACUGGUCCAUUCUUCCCAGUUUUGAGCAAAGAUGAAAGCACCGCCCUCCAGUGGCCAUCGGAACUAUUAAUUUUCACCAAGGCGGAACCCUCCAUUUCAUACAGUUGUAACCCUUUAUACUUUGACUUUAAACUUUCAAGGAACAAGGAUACCAGAGCUAAAGGGACAGAAAAACCAAAGGUCAUGGGCAGUUCCUCAAAGGACCACCUCCAAAGCCUUGAUCCUGGCGAGCCAAAUAAAAGCAAGGAGGGGACAGAGAAUGUCGAACAUGAUGCGGGAGGCAGAAUGGAUGCAGCUGCUUCAGGGUCAGCCUGCAGCAGCCUGAAUAAGCAGGAACCUGGGGGCAGCCACGGGUCAGAGACAGAAGACACAGGGAGAAGCCUUCCUGGCAAGAAGGAACGAUCUGGGAAGUCCCACCGACACAAAAAGAAAAAGAAGCACAAAAAAUCCAGCAAACACAAACGGAAACACAAGAUUGACUCAGAAGAGAAGAGCUCGAAGGCGGAGUCCGGGGAGAAGUCUAAGAAACGCAAGAAACGAAAACGAAAGAAGAAUAAGUCAUCCGCACCGGCAGAUUCUGAACGGGGACCCAAAACGGAACCCCCGGGAAGUGGUAGCCCGGCACCCCCAAGACGACGACGGCGAGCUCAAGAGGACUCCCAGCAGAGAUCCCUCCCCGCGGAAGAGGGGAGCAGUGGCAAAAAGGAUGAAGGUGGGGGCGGUAGCAGCUCUCAGGACCACGGCGGAAGGAAGCACAAAGGCGAGCCUCCCGCCGCGUCUUGCCAGCGAAGAGCCAGCGCCAAACGGAGCAGCCGGUCCAGCCGUCGGAGUCGGCCCAGCAGCGGAGACGAGGAGAGUGACGAGGCGUCCUCACGCCGGCCGCACCCGAAGUCUCCAUCCCAGUACAGCGAGGAGGAGGAGGAGGAGGAGGAGGAGGAGGACUCCGCCAGCGAGCACUCUCGGAGCCGCUCCCGCUCGGGCCGGCGCCAUUCCUCACGCCGCUCUUCCCGGCGCUCUUACUCGAGUAGCUCAGAUGCUUCUUCGGACCAGAGCUGCUACAGCAGGCAGCGCAGUUACUCCGAUGACAGCUAUAGCGACUACAGUGACCGAUCACGAAGGCACUCCAAGCGCUCCCACGACUCUGAUGACUCAGACUACGCCAGCUCCAAGCACCGGUCCAAGCGGCACAAAUACUCAUCAUCUGAUGAUGACUAUAGCCUCAGUUGCAGUCAGUCCAGGAGUCGGUCCCGGAGUCAUACCAGGGAGCGCUCUAGAUCCCGGGGCCGUAGCCGCAGCAGCAGUUGUAGCCGCAGCCGGAGCAAACGAAGAAGCCGCAGCACUACAGCCCACAGCUGGCAGCGGAGCCGGAGCUAUAGCCGGGACCGCAGCCGCAGCACCAGGAGCCCUUCCCAGAGAUCGGGCUCCAGGAAGGGGUCCUGGGGUCAUGAGAGCCCUGAGGAGAGGCGUUCUGGGCGUCGAGACUUCAUUCGCUCUAAAAUCUACCGUUCCCAAUCUCCACACUAUUUCCGAUCAGGCCGGGGGGAAGGUUCUGGAAAGAAAGAAGAUGGCAGAGGAGAUGACUGUAAAGGGGCAGGCCCACCCUCCCAGAAUAGCAACAUUGGCACAGGAAGGGGGUCAGAAGGUGACUGUAGCCCUGAAGACAAGAACUUUGUCACUGCCAAACUGCUAUUGGAGAAGAUCCAGUCAAGGAAGGUAGAGAAGAAAACCAGUGUGGGUGAAGAAGUUUUGGCCACCCCUAAUAAAGCUGGGCUCAAACUCAAAGACCCCCCACAAGGCUACUUUGGACCCAAGCUACCCCCUUCUCUGGGUAAUAAGCCUGUCCUUCCGUUGAUAGGAAAGCUCCCAGCUACCCGAAAACCCAAUACCAAGAAAUGUGAAGAGUCUGGCUUAGAAAGGGGAGAAGAGCAAGAGCAGUCAGAGACAGAGGAAGGACCUUCAGGGAAUAGUGAUGCCCCAUUUGGACAUCAGUUCCCCUCAGAGGAAACCACUGGCCCCUUAUCAGACUCACCCCCAGAAGAGCCAAAGUCUGAAGAAGCUACUGCUGAUCAUCCUGUGGCUCCACUAAGCACCCCAGUGCACUCUGACUGCUAUUCUGGGGACCCAACCAUCUCCCAUAACUACCUCCCUGACCCCAGUGAUGGGGACACCCUAGAAUCCUUGGAUAGUGGCAGUCAACCCGGCCCUGUGGAAUCUAGCUUGCUGCCUAUUGCCCCAGACCUUGAGCAUUUCCCCAGUUAUGCACCUCAUAGUGGGGAGCCUAGUAUUGAGUCAGCUGAUGGGGCCGAGGAUGCUUCACUGGCCCCCCUAGAGAGCCAGCCCAUCACCUUCACCCCUGAGGAGAUGGAGAAGUACAGCAAGCUCCAGCAGGCCGCACAGCAACACAUCCAGCAGCAGCUUUUGGCCAAGCAAGUGAAGGCCUUUCCAGCCUCCGCUGCUCUGGCCCCAGCCACUCCAGCCCUGCAGCCCAUCCACAUUCAGCAGCCAGCCACUGCCUCUGCCACCUCCAUCACAACUGUUCAGCAUGCCAUCCUGCAGCAUCAUGCAGCGGCUGCCGCCGCCGCCAUCGGCAUUCACCCCCAUCCCCAUCCCCAGCCACUUGCCCAAGUCCAUCAUAUUCCCCAACCACACCUGACUCCCAUUUCUUUAUCUCACCUCACUCAUUCGAUCAUCCCUGGCCACCCUGCCACCUUUCUUGCUAGCCAUCCCAUCCACAUCAUUCCUGCCUCAGCCAUCCAUCCUGGACCCUUCACCUUCCACCCUGUCCCCCAUGCUGCCCUCUACCCUACCCUACUUGCCCCACGGCCUGCUGCAGCAGCUGCCACUGCCCUCCACCUUCACCCACUACUUCACCCCAUCUUCUCAGGUCAGGACCUGCAGCACCCUCCCAGCCAUGGCACAUGAGUAGGGUGGGAGCCUAGGGAUGGCCAGGGAAGGUAACCCAUAGACGUUCCCUUGGGGGUGUUGAGCCAUUGAUACCAGCAAGUAGAAGCUGGGAUGGGCAGUGUCUGACAGCCAAAGAAUUGAAUUUUGGCUUGUGGGGGUGGUUUUAGAUUUGAGGUUUGCUUUGGGUUUACUAUCAGGGAUUUUUUUCCCUUUCCCCGUCUGUUUGUCUCCUCUUCCCCCCCCCCCCCGUGUUUCUAAACUAGGGGACACCAAUAAGUGCUGCCCACCUACUCUGUGGCAACGCCCCUAAACUGUCGAGUUUAGAUACUCCCCUUCACCUACCUUUUAUCCUCUGCUCUUUCCGUCUAAAUUUUGAAAUAUUUUCCACUUUGGCCAGCGGUUGUCCAUCUGGUCCUGCCUUGUCUUUGAUCUUCCUUGGUGACCUUAUGCUAUCCUGGGUGAGGUGGAAAGGGGGUCUGACCUGGAACCCGAUGCUUCUCAGGCUGUUUUCAGUCCACUUCCCACGCACAGUGCCACGCGUUGGGCACUGUUGUCGUCAUGCCCCUCAUCCCAGAAGAGAAGAUCCUAUCAUGAAUAGAAGCUGUGUGGAAGCUAGAGUCGCCCGUGUCCCUCCCCAGAGAGGAACUCAUGUGUCUGAAGGGUGUGUUUUCUUCUGUCAUGUUGAUGUUUCCUUCUUAAUUUAUAGGAUUUUUUUAAUGUAAAAAAUUGCACUGAACUCUAUAAACGUAAAUGCUGCUUUUUGUAGCUCAUAUUAAAAAAGAAGUUCCAUAUUUGUAGUAUACUGCAAUAAUAUUUUUUACAUCCAGCUCUUUAAGUGAUCCUUGUUUUGGUGGCUUUGUGUAAAUAUGUUUGCCCUAGUUGAAUUAAGAAACUUCAAAGGUUAUAAAGUGAAAACAAUAAAGUAUUUGUUUUCUGCUAGAUGCAAAAAUGACUAAGCAUGUAUAUUUUAUCAAGCUCAUGUAUUUUUUGAAGUUAUGAACUAUAAAAAUGUUAAAACAAGGGAAACACUGUUUGACUUUUUUUGCUGGGACAAAAUGUUUAGUAAUUUGCAGUAAGUGGUGCCCCCAGCACUGGGAUUUUUUUAACUAAUGGGCAGCAGUCAGUUGGGGGGUGUCAGAGGAAUGAUGCUCAGUUAUGACAGUCUCUCAUGUGCUUUGCUGUUUUAUACAGAGAAACAGAAGGACCCCACAGAGGAAGAGGGAGAGAUUCAAGAGCUUUAUUCUCUGGAAGCAGUGACAUUUAGAGUGAUUGUCUGGGGGAUCCUGGGUCUCCUGGGUGCCUUGUUCCGGGCAGUCCAUUUGCCUUCCUACUACUUAGCCCCCUCUGACAAUUUUUUUUUUUUUUUAAUGUGCCUUUUGGGUUGGCUAGAAACUAAAGUAGAAGUAGACUGGAGGAUGAUAGAGUUGGGAUAGAUUUCUUCCUCCUUUUUUGGGGAGGCGAGCACAUUUAUAGAUGACCACAUUUUCUUCUGCUUCAUAGUUCCAUGCCUUCUGCCCAGCUUAGUUUAAGCAGUAACAAUUCCCUUUUUUUCCCUCCCGUGUCACCUGCCAGAGGAAAUACCACCUCACUUCCUCUCCUCUUCUUGCCUUUCACCCGGGCUCUCAGACCUAAUUAGCACACUGACCCAAAGGUGUACAUAUUGCAGAUCUCAUCUUCGGUGUAGAUAAACUGUUCCCAUUUGGCAUUUCCAUACUUGUUCCUGUGACUAGAGCUGGUUGGGUGGUCACCUGACAGGAAAAACAAACCCCGCUUACCUGGGCCAAGGCUCUGUUCUGCCUUUCUUCUCAAAUUCCCAGAAGACAAAGGUUUUGAGUCUAUGAGAAGCAAGUGCUAGACAGACAAAGUUCUUGACUUUCAGUGUUCCUUGUCUGACGCAAGCAUCACAUUUUUGACAGGUAGCACUGAAAAAAAUGAUAUCUGUUUGAAGUGAAGGGACUCAUCUUUCUUUACUUUCAGCUCAUGUAAAUAUUUUUAAAAAUACAGUAUUAACAUUUUUGUGCUGCUUCCCAUUAGCUUGUAGAUUGAGCCAUACUCUGGCUGCCUCUCUGCCUUCCUGGGGGCAGUUUUCCUUUAACUUCCAGAAUAGUAAUUUUAAAACUUAAAAAAAAAAAAAAAAACCUUACUUACAAGCAUUACAGAUUGUAUUUAACUUUAUCACAUAUGAUAGAGAUAUAUAUGCUGUAAAAUUAGGGAAAGGAACUUUCUAAUAAACCGAUGAUUUGUGGAAACUUAGCAGACUCUGUCGUGAUUGUUGCUCCAUCCACACAAGUUGGGAAGGAAUGGAGUUACGGGCUACAAAUAAGAUCGUGUUUGAAGUGACCAAGAAAUUCUUGUGUACCAGUGGUUUAUGAUGUUUGGAAUUGUUCUUAACACUCAGGCUGCCCACGUCAAGAGGUGACUCUCAGGCUGCCUUUGCCGUGGGACAGAGUAAUGGUAAAGUUUCAGCCCUUGGUAGAUAACUUGACAAGUGCACCUCCAUUCCAAUCUUUCCCACGAUCAUUUUCUAGUUCUACCCUUCUCACUUCAGAAAAAUAUUCUUUAAUAGAAUGUCUGGUAUGUUUGUGCUUACUAAAUGGGUGUAGAAUUUCUGGCUUUGAUUUUUAAGAUAGUGUAUGAACUUCAUACUAUACAAUACUCAUCUGUCCCGCCUUUGCCCUCCAGAUGGAGUUCUAUGUACAAGAACCAGACUUGAAGUAUUCUCAACCCUUUAAUUCCACUACAGUGCAUGAGAGCUGCCUGGAAAAAGGGAGUGCGUCGUAAUGGAUAGUAGAUAAAAACCUCUUCUCUUCUGUGUCAAGAAACUGCAAAGUGCAAGGAAGUUGAGCAUCAAAAACUAACCAUAGAUUUGUAGUGCUAAGUUAGUUUCCUGCCCAGUCUUUCAGAAAGGAAUAGUACGAAGACUCACUCUCGUACAGCUGUGUUCUCCCCUUGGCUAGAGAAACUAUUCAGUUUGAACCUUGGAUUGCGUGCUCAGAUGUGCCUAUUUUCCUAAAAUAGCAAGAUCCCUGCCUGGAAGUGAUUUUUAAUUAGUAGAAUUUUACUUAACUGAUGGCUGAUUUCAGGCCCACUAUGGUUUUUCUGCAGGCAAGAUGUUGAAUGAAAGAGGCCAACUGACCUAUUUAGAGGACGCUAUGUGAAGGUGUAUGCAUCUGCAUGAUUCCAAUGGGGUUCUACCCCGAAGUACUUGCUCCUCUACACCCUGGAGGACUAAUGGAGACCUUGUCAACAAUUUACAUUCUCAUUUGCCAGAAAUACCUUCACCUCCCCGUUAUCAAUUCAUGUCUGAAUUAUUGCAAUUCUCUGGCUGGCCUCCCUGACUAGGCUCUAACUCCCUGUGCCAUCAUAGGCUUACUCACUCCAGAAUCUGAGUACCGUUCAUUUCGUAUUCACUGCUUCCCAGGAAAUUGUAAGCUCUGGGAGGACAGGGACUGGUUCUUGUACUUCCUCUUUUCCUUAACGCCUUAGGGUGUUUCACCUAGAGUUGAAUGUUCACUAAGCAUUAAUUAUAGUUCAAGAAAGAUAAGAGCAAAG